CACGCAUAGACUUUACGCAGUCCUGAGCAUUUUUAGAGCGUCGUCCGGUACUGUCAGGUGACCGUCCAGCCAUAGCGCCCUCGACAGCCGCCCACACAGCUCGACGGCCCGUCCCCGCGCUACAGACGCCCAAGAGACUCGCUUGGAACCUACAAAACCGCGCACAGGCAGCACGACCCCAUUGUUUACGGCCGAGACACCUCAGGCAGGCGCACCAUAGUAUUCGCGUCGAACAGCGCUGGUCGCAUUGCCCCCACUACACAGCUGCUGGAGGACUUGCACCCGCUGGACUAUCAGACGCAUCGCGCUCAGCUAGCUCAGCGGCCCCGGCCAUGCUGCAUCUGCACAUGCAACAUCCUCACGUAGCCUCGUGAAUGACCACCUCGACCCGUUUCCCUACACAGCGCGCCUUCGCGGCCCUUUCGCCAAGCACGAGCAGCCAUGUCGUACUAUCAGGGCAACGGCCAGAACUACUACAACCCCAGCAUACCGCCCUCUGCCCAAGGCGCACAACAGCCCUACCAGGACCCGUAUGAGCACGACAAUGGCGAGCAGGCGAAUGGCGGUGCUGGAGAGUAUGGAUAUGCCAACCCAGUGCGGCGCAACAGCUUUGCAAGCCGAAAUGACGAGCUGUUCAUCGGCAACAACGCCGCCUCCCCUGCCAUGAGCCAAGGCCCAAUAUCACCCACCGUUGGCAGCUAUGGAAGCAACUAUGGCUAUCAGUCGCCGCAGCAGCAGUACAACCCUCAGAAUUACAACGCGCCUGCUGUUGCAUUGCCGAACCCACAGCACUACGGCGGUGUCAACAGGACACUCGCUGCACCAGCCUCAUCACAUCAGCCCUACGUCCCAGCUGCCUAUGCUGAUAGCGGACUGACCAGGAACAGCACAGUCAGCCACCCGUAUGGCUUCUCUCCUACCUCACCCACCGCCACAUACCCGUCUCCCACUGCUUACCAAAAUUCGCAGUUCGGCCGGACGACCUCGCUCCAGGGGAGGUCAGCUUACUCACCGCCAGCCCCACCGCCACUACCUGUGCCUCCAGGUAGUGCGCAGUCGCCCACAGACGAUUGGGGCAGUUACCCAGCGCGAACGACGUCCAGUGCUCACUCGCAAUCGUACUACCAAUCCUCCCACGCCCCACUUCCGUCACCACCGACAUACGACACUGGGUACAAUGCGCAAGACCGUGUUGGCAGAUACAACUCGACCUCGAGCCUCCACUCGAAUCCUCUGCCACCAACCCCAGAAGUACCUCCACAUGCCUCUCCUCAGCGAACGAAUACCGUCUCGUCGCGCCCCCUCCCCGACCCUCCCACCGAGUCUGAUAGUGAUGAAUACUUCUCGCCACACAACGGCCCUUCGUACAAUCAAGAUCAACUGUUCGACGACGUUAUGAACAUGACUACGGGAAACAGCCCAAGGAUACAGGUACAGCAACCGAACGGUGGCGAGUACUACGACGAGAUGGGCAGGCGAUCUUCGGGUAGAAACGGCGAGCGUACGAACGGUGACCGUCUUGCGCCCUAUCCAGUUCGCGAUGUAUACACUAGUGAUGAAAGCGACGUAGAGGCGGCCGCUGGUUUGGCUGCGCUCAGGAUGGCAGAAGAGCAGGAAGAAGCUGAUGAAGCACGUAGGCGGAGUGGAGGAGCUGGACUCUUUAGCAGCUACGCGACGAUGCCAUCUCCUCCUCUUCCCCACGAGCCGAGCCGGCCUGCGGAGCAGAGUGCCAGUGACAGCGAUUAUGCGCCAGUUGAUCUGGGUCUGUACGGUGGGAAUUUCGCGCCUUCAUUCACAUAUGGAGGGCAUCCAAGUCAACUAGCGACCGGAACCAGCCACCCAGUCUCGUCGUCUGGCUCACAGCGGAGAUCUGAGCCCGCCAGCGACGACUACGAUCCGAUCCAUCCUUUCCCAUCUUUCUCGACCAACGCACGCGUCGAUACCUUUGGCACAGGAGGGUUAGAAGAGCCUAGCGCACGUCGGCGGAGCUAUGAUGAAGGAGAUGAGGUCACUCUGAUGGACUCUGCAUCUGGAAUGUCUGGCAUGUCCGGUGCGACGUUGCUGCCCUCGUCUGCGAUGCCUGGCGAGCCUCCUGAUAUGUUCUACCAUCCUGGAAUGACCAACAGGCCUCUGCCUCCUCCGCCCACAAGCUCGAACAGUACCCGUCAACGGAUGAACCAUGCAAGCACGAGCUCACAAGGAUCCGGUUCCUACGAAUACUGGCGCAAUGCACCAUCGGCCCGUGGCUCAUACCCGGUCGACCCUAACAAUAUGGGAAUGGUCUCUCCCACUGGGAUACAAGUUCCCCGCUCUACGUCUUUACUUCAACACAGCAAUCCACCUCGUGAGGUUCCACUUCCACGAUCAAAGACAGAUGCCGAACAGGGCCAUAGGCUGCGACAAACUGCCAAUCGCAACACCCUCUAUGGUGCAGCUAUAGACAGCGAUGGCAAUACCUUGACUCCUGCUAGCGCUGAUGCUGUCGCAAUCGAUCUGCCUACAUUACCGACAGGGAGACGCUUCAAUCCUGCCAAACUGUCAACCAACGACUUCAAGAAGUGCACUGAGCCCUGGGCACUUAGCUCGAUCAUCUCAUGGUUAAAGUUCAUGACUGAAGGAGAGAACGACUUGAAGGAAGGACCAAUUCAGGAGGGUCUCAUUGCUCUCUUCACCCACAAGGUUCCCACAAUGAACAUCGCCGACGCGGAAACGCUGAGUAGUCGAGUUGUGCAAGAUAUGUACAAGGCAGGAACGUUGGUACAUGAUGAGGAGUGGCUCAAAUUCUCAUCGAUCAGCAUGACUGGCGUCAUCUUCCAGCUUACAGGUGCCGGCUGCUAUGCGCCAAUGCUUCAUACACAUGCGAGCCCCGGCCGCUGCUAUUCACACCAUUGUCAAAGGACUCUGAAGAAGAUCGAUCUGCAUUCGCCUGCUGCUGCUGCUCGGAAGGAAGACUGGGCAACCUUCCACAAGAUGAAGAAAGAGGAUAUCGCAAGCGCGAACAAAAAGGAGGUCGAGCGCCAGAACAACCUACAUGAGAUUGUCCAAGGAGAAGACCAGUACAUGGAUCGACUAGACGUACUACGGGGACUAUACCGGGAUAGGCUUGUGUCUGCACAACCUCCGGUUAUUCCGCCGAAGAAGCUCAAUAGGUUCAUCAACGAUGUUUUCAGCAAAGCGGACGCUGUGAAAAAGGCAAAUGAGGAUCAUCUCCUCCCACAAAUCAAAUACAGACAGCAGGAGCAAGGCCCUUGGAUUGUUGGAUUUAGUGAUAUUUUCCGAGAGUGGAUUAGGAAGGCGAAGCAGGCGUACAUCGAGUAUGCCGCCGCUUUUCCUUACGCAAGCUUCCUGGUGCGCCAGGAGGCCGACAGGAACAUGCUGUUCCGCGCUUUCCUAGAUGAGGCUCAAGCAAAUCGGCUCUCUGAAAGGCUGCCGUGGCAAAACUUCCUCAAAGCCCCUAUCGACAGACUGCAGCGCUAUGGUCUUCUCCUUGACACGGUAAUUAAGAAUUCAAUCGUGGACAACGAUGAGAAGCGCAACCUCAUAAUUGCCAAAGAGGAAAUCAAAGCCGUCACGCUCGAAUGCGAUGCUCGUGUGGCUGAGAUGGAACGCAAGGUCAGUCUCACCGACUUGCAAUCCAAACUUAUCCUGCGACCUGGAAUGCAGCGUGUCGAGCUCAAUCUGGACCACCUAGGACGAGAGCUCAUCUUCCGGGGAGAUCUGCAGAGGAUGGGAGGCAAUCGAUUCAACUGGCUCGAAACACACGCCCUGCUCUUUGACCAUUAUCUCGUACUGGCAAAGACGGUUGCAUAUCGUGAACAGGACGGCAUGACAAAAUCAGAGAAAUACGACGUUUCCAGGCUUCCUAUUCCAAUGGAUCUGCUGGUUCUGGAAAGCGAGGAUGAUGACCCUGUGGUACGCUCGAACUUAAAGGGCAUUGCUCCUGUCAACCUAAACAACAGGAUAACACCAGGAGCGGGGCGGACAACCAGCAGUCCAGGACCAGGGUCUCUCCAACACACUGUGACCUCAAACUCUAUGGGCUCCACAAGCACUGGUACAUCGGGGAAGACAAUGGUCACAAACACGAACUUGGAGAACCCGAAGGACGAGAAGAUCCUAUACCCCUUCAAAGUCAAGCAUCUGGGGAAAGAGACCUACACACUGUAUGCCCAAUCUGCGCAGAACAGAGCUGAUUGGUGCGACAAACUCAUCAUUGCGAAAACACGGCACGCAGCCGCAUUGUUCGCUCAGAAUGCCGAACCUUUCCGCUUGCGCGUGAUGGCCGACGCUGCAUUCGCAUACGACAGUGUCAUGCCUACGCAGAAGGGUAUCACCAUCAAGGGCACACCACUCGAUCGUUCAAUCGACGAGGUAGAGAAGCUCUUCGCCAACUCAGGCCGGCCUGUACCAAUCUGCAGAGCUCGUGUCAACUGCGCAACAGCCUUCAAUCAGCCUUAUGGCAAACAUAUCGUUGCUGUCGGUACCGACAUUGGCGUGUACAUAUCCGAUUACGACAACCCACGAGGUUGGACAAAGGCAAUCCAAAUUCCACGAGUAACACAAAUCGCAGUUCUCGAACAGUUCAGCCUAAUGCUGCUCAUCUCCGACAAAUCCCUUAUCGCGUACCACCUCGACGCCGUCUGCCCCGUCAGCGGCGCUCCUCCUUCCAACGAUUCCACCCGUCGCGCACCCCAAAAACUCUCCGGUGCUCGCGAUAUCGGCUUCUUCGCUACAGGCACGAUGAAAGACCGCACACUCGUCUUCUACAAAAAGCGUGAAGGUCUAUCCUCCACUUUCAAGGUCCUGGAACCCGUAUACCAAAAGUCUACCGAGAAGAAGUCUCGCAUCUGGAAGUCUGGCCGCACAGAGUUCUUCCGCGAGUAUGAUGAGUUCUACAUUCCCGCCGACUGCUACACAAUCAAUCUCUUCCACUCCUCGCUCGCCAUCUCCACCGCUAAGGGUUUCGAGGUCAUGACUUUGGAUAAAAAGCAGCCCUGGAGUGUUCCGGAUCUGAAGCAACAACACGUUGCUACCAUCGCCUCGCGUCUCACCAAUCAAGACCCGCUCGGCAUGUUCCGCCUCUCAGACCAGGAGUUUCUUCUCUGCUACGAAGAAUGCGCAGUAUAUAUCAACAAGAACGGCGACAUCAGCCGCUCCGUUAUCAUGGAAUUUGUCGGCAAGGCAAAGAGCGCCGCAAUGUACGGGCCGUAUGUGCUGUUGUUUGACCCUGAUUUCGUCGAGAUCAGGAACGCGCAGAAUGGUCGGCUAAGACAGGUCAUUGCUGGCAGGGAUGUGAAGUGUCUUGACGAUGGCCUCUCAGGGACGAGUGGACAUCAUAGGACGAUCAAGAUGAGCUUGCAACAUCCGCAGGUGGAGAGGUGUCAGGUUGUUGUUGAGCUGGUGCUUAAUGAGGGGCAGAAGGAGUAGUGACUUAUGCCAAAGGGUUAGCGGUCGAAGGGCAGAAGGGUGAGGAUUUGCAUAUACUGGUUCUUGAUUUGUUUUAGUUCGCUGGAUACCUCGUGAUUUAUUGCAACCUCACAUUUAUUGCAACCUCGCAUUUAUUGCUUAUGUUUAUUUAUUGUGGCAAUAUGGCGCUUCGGUCGUGCAUUAAUGGUGAACAG